AUGGAGGCUCAGGCCGAGGCCGACAUGCAGCACGCUUCCCCGACGGGGAGCCAGGCUCGCACCCCCGAGAGCCUGCGACAGCGACAGCGCGACCGUCUGUCGCCGCGCCGUGGAUUUGCGAAGACGAGUCGUAUCUCGUCCACCGUUCGAGACCUGGCCGGAGCCGCCAAGAGCGGCGUCGUGCUCGCGCCGGCCCCGCGGUCCCGAGGCGCGGGCAAUAGCAAUACGGGCUCGCCCGAUCUCAUCACCAGGAAGAGACAGGAUGGCUUGCGCAAGGAGAACAGUGUGAGCCAGAGGGCCCCCCGAGAGGGCGAGGAUAGCAAGUUUGAGAUAGCCCCGGAUGGGAGCUCGGCGGGCAAGGGAGGAAGGCAUUUCACGGUUGCGAACGUGGGGAAUAAUGGCAGGAUAUAUUUACGUCCUACGAGACGCCCUGCAAAUCAGCAAUAUCCUCAACCGCCUUUCGCAUUCCCCAUUACCCCACCAAGCACCGCUGGUCUUGAUACGUUGGUAUCGCACCUUGAGGGAGGAGAGACGCCGCGUGAGAGUUUAUGGACCCCCUCACUUCCACCUUCGACUCCGAUCAUGCAAGCUCGAGAUGACUACUACUUGAAGACACCAUCGAAAGCCCCACGCCAUAAGCGGGCAUACUCUUAUUCGACUGUGGACGAACAGCACGAGCAGCACGUAUCUGGGCGUGACUCAGACAUGGGCGUUUUCAAGGUUGUGAUAGAGAGGCCUGUACCAAAGACAGAGGCUCCAUUUAAGGGAAUUCCAACUCUGGAGGUCCCCAUUCCUUCAUAUAAGCUUGGGAUACCACGGUUCAGUGUUCGUGGCACAGCCUUCCUCCGAGGCUCCUCAUACUCUACCGCCGAUGAGAUGCGCUCGAGUAUGUUCUCUCACAGAGACGCGUCUCAAAAAGAUGCAAGUUCACAACAACCAACGCAGGUUCUCUCGAGGCGGCAUUCUGAUACUUCCCCACAACCUCACUAUUCCUUAUUCGCACCAUCAAGCCCUUUCAACUCGUCCCCUCGUCCCUCUGUUGCUGUUGGUGUCGUGAGACAACCCGCGGCAAUCGUGCCUGAGAUGUUCGACGAUCUUACGUUCAAACCCGCUUGCGACCAUCCUUCCGUAGUUCGCUAUUCUGCGAGCGGUGGGAUUAAGGCUGCCACUCCGGCACGCCUGGUAGCUGAGAUCACGUCUCCUACGUUUGUGGAUUAUGAUCUCGUGUCCGACUUCUUCCUGACAUUUCGCUCGUAUCUCGAGACGGCCGACUUGCUCUACAUGCUCAUUGCGAGGCUGAAGUGGGCACUUGCAAGGGAGGAUGGAACUGGUAUGGUGGUCAGAGUUAGGACGUUUGUUGCAAUUCGUCACUGGAUUCUAAACUACUUUCUGGACGAUUAUGUUGUUGAUUACGACUUGCGCAAGUCGUUUUGCGAUCUGCUCAACGGUUUCGUCAGCGAGCUUUUGGCAUCCGGAGUGUGCACCAAGGUUCCGAUGAAGAUUCUGGGGGAACUCAAAAAGUGCUGGCGUCGAGUGUGUGCGUUGUAUUGGGAUGGCCCCGAAUUCGACACUGAGCUGGGGCCUGACGUCCCCAUCCUUCCAGGAGGAGUCGCUGGGUCACGAGAUCCGAAUUUAGACCCAAGCUUUUGGGAAACACAGCCUGAGGGUCCCCCACGUCUGGACGGCAUCAUCGAACCAGACUCGGCCGAACACAGGACGUCAAUAGCAUUAGAAGCACACAGCUUUCUUGCAGAGGUUCCCCGCACUCGCCACAUUGAUUCUAUGGUGGCUCUUCAAAGCAUCCCAGCUAUACGAACGGAGGGCCCAAAAGGAGAGCCGCCUUUGUCGCCUACAAGUAUUAUGAGUGAAGACUUUGUUUCCUGCUCUCUCCCCCCUUCUCGUGUACGAGCCAUCGGAUCAGCCCAACCCCUAGCAUCUCACCCUGUACCGGCAAACCCAGUAUAUGAUCCUCCUGCGCCUGUUGCAACGACGCCCAGGGCGCUCUCGGGAAAACGUGUCCGCCCUGCUAACUCCCAUAAGCGUAGUGGAAGCUUCUCAGAUUCAUUCCGAGACCAUCGGGCGCAGCAACCGGUUCAGAGGGCUUUGUACAAGAGCACUGAGCUUCUCCUUACUCUUCCAUACGCUGGCAGUCUAGUCAGAGGAAACCUCUUCCCUCCUGGACAGCCAUUUGUCGAAGCGAUUGCUCCGGGCACGCCUGCAGAAACAAGUCAGGCCAACAGCUAUUUCCCUGCAAGGUCCCCAAACAAAAGCCCGUCCGCAAUGUCGGGACCCGGCAUGAAGAAACUCCUUGGUAGCGUACGUCGCGCUUUGAGUACUAAAGCUUUUCCCAGCACUCCCACCUCCUCUCCCACGCAGGGUAGCUUUCCUCACAUUCCACCACUUGGGGUUCGAGGAGCCACGAUCAACCGGCUUCCGGGCACAGCUAUUGUUCCACAGGCACGCCCACGCAACAGCGAGGGAAGAGCACCCAUGCGUAUUGAUUUGCUCGGUGCGGAAGUCGCCGAGGACUUCAAGAAGGCGGUUCGGGAAGACGCAGAAGCCGACGCUCAAAGGCGUGAGGAAAGCGAGCGGAAGUCGACACGGAGUCAAGAGGGUGAUGAUCAUCUUAGCCAUUCCACCUUGAGCCCAAAUACGGCUCUAGAGCCACCGAGGCAGCCCAGACGCAGGGCCCCAGUGAGCGAAAUGACCACCGGGAGCAAGUCAAUUGUAAUAGUUGAUGAUACUAUGACGUUCGAUUCGCCUACCAUGACAGGUGCGUUAUCGGGCAAUGUAUCUAUAGGUACCUUUGCCGAUGCUUUCAGACGACCUUCGGGAGGUCCAACUCCACCGUCAACGCCCCCGGAUAUGCCUCUAGGAAUACCCCGAAGAUCGUCUCAUCUCCUCGGAGAGCACGUCAGCGAGCGUCCUGUGUCAUCUGAAGCCACGCCAUCCAUGGUACUCGAUUCGCGUCCUUCUGGAGAGGAUGUACGCUCCCCAAGUCACCAGCCAUUUGGCGGACGCUCGAUGCAGUCUCGGAGACCGUCUAUACCGAAGAAACCCUCGUCACUUCGUCGAUAUGCUUCCUACCAGAGUGGAUUUACACACCAUAGGAGUGAACGUAGCUUCGAUGCCACUACUGUUUCGGAAGAGGUUGAUCGAAUAUCUCACGUACCAUCCCUCCCUCUGCCUCUCAGAGUCCUCAGACGACGUCCGGGCGGCGAUUUGAGAGCAGUGGCAAACGUGGGCGAACUCAGUUCAUCCCCACUCCAAAGACCAAAGUCGACCGGUUCACUGGCUACUUACUCGGAUUCGGUUCGAAGCUCGUACUUACGCGAUGAAGACUCGGGCGACUAUGUUGAUGUUGUCAAUAGUGACUAUGAACAAUCCCAGUCGAAUGUGAAAACGUUUUCGCUGGGUGCAUUGGCUGAAGCUUCGACAAAGAAGCCUGUUUCACUAUUCAGCACUCAUUCUUCCCAACCUGUCAUGCGGCCAUCAUUCGAAAAAGAAGCCCAACUGCUUGCUCAGAUUCCUGAUGAUGCAGACGAUGAUGGUGGUGUUGAGUCGGCGCUGCUGAAACUAGAAGGUAAAUACGAACCAAAACGGCGUUCUGAUUUGUCUGAAGGUGUCCCCCGUGAUUCUGGAAUCCACAAUAGCUUCGGCGCGACUCAAGUCGACGUUAUCCCAGUAACACUUGAUGAGGAGGAGGAAGUAAAUCACCAACAUCAACAGGAGCAUAUGCCACCCGCUUACCUCGGGACUGACGAGGAGCUACAACCUACCAUUUACCAGCCUCGUGGAAUUCAAGAAACAAUCAUUACUGUAUCAACCCGAUCAGUAGAGUCAUAUAACUCUACUCCCUUGCUUGAGCGAGGUCUGACCGAUGAUGAAAUGAUGCAAAGGAGGACCCAAGAUUGGUCAGAGCGCUCAAUCUUUCACGAACCCAGUUUAGAGAGGCAUAACGAACAUACUCCAGAGUCAUCCCACGCCAAUUCUUUUGACUUCGUUAACGAGACGGAUAGUAUGAAGGGAAUCGAUUCCGACCCCAUGGAACCUAACCAUGUUAGCCAUGAAGAUUCGUUUCUGGAGAGCGAUAGUGAGAAUCGGAGUGACCUCUCAUCGGAAAUAUCUUUGGAAGUUAUUUCACGGACCGAGUAUACUGAACGUGAUACGACUUCCCCCCAGACCUUUCCACCUACCCAACCAGGUACCGUAAUGAAGGAGAUGGCUCUUCCAUCACAUCCGCUACGGCACCCUCCAUCGCCGCCAAUGACCUUGUCGCAGGCCCCGCAGACGUCCCCAAUCAACGCCAAGACGCCGCAGAUUCAAAAAGAACAACUACAGAAAGAGCAAAAUCAGCAUCCCCCGUCGCCAGAGAAUACAAGAAAAGAAACUGGCGGUGAUAAAGGCGCAUCAUCGCCUUUGACAGAUCCUCUUCGAUCGCAUCGUCUACCUGAGGCAUCUCGAAAAACAUCUGCCCAUCUGCCGUUCAUCUUGGCAUUUGACUCGCAGGUUCUUGCACAACAGUUCACUCUUAUUGAGAAAGAUGCCUUGAAUGAGAUCGAUUGGAAAGAUUUGAUCGAAAUGCGCUGGAAGGACGCUAAUACCGAUUCCCGAUCCUGGGUUGACUUCCUUCGUACAUCGGAACCGCGAGGUGUGGAGGUUGUUAUUGCACGAUUUAACCUCAUGGUUAAAUGGGCUAUCUCUGAGUGCGUCCUCACUCAAGACCUGGGAGAGCGUGUCCAAUGCAUCAUCAAGUACAUCCAUAUAGCGGCACACUGUCGUAGAUAUCGGAAUUUUGCUACGAUGACCCAGCUUACGAUUGCCCUUACCUCGAAAGAUAUCAGCCGCUUGACGAAUACCUGGGCGCAUGUCCCAGCUGCCGAUAUCCAGACCCUGAGGGAGCUUGAGGCCCUCAUUACUCCAACGCGAAAUUUCCAUAGCCUUAGAGCGGAGAUGGAAGGUUGCGGCGCUGAUCAAGGCUGUAUUCCAUUUGUCGGGAUCUAUACACAUGAUCUUCUGGCUAAUUCAGAGAGACCGAGUCAGAUUGCUGGCACGCCGACGACUGAACCACUUGUGAAUUUUGAGAGAUGUCGCACGGAUGCCACAGUAGUCAAGAAUCUCCUGAGACUCUUGGAAGCGAGUCAACUGUAUAGAUUCCUACCGAUCGAGGGGAUAACAGAGAGGUGUCUGUGGAUGGCUGCAUUGAGCGAUGAAGAAAUCACCAAAUAUGGAAAGAUGAUCCAAGAAUGA